AUGUCGGAGGGCGACUUAGGAUCAGCAUCUGCGUCUGAUAAACGAGGAGAUGAAGAUCAACAAAAGAAUCUGACCUCAGGUGCAGUAACUUACCGGGCCCCUUGGGGGAGACAAAUCUCUUUACCUGAACCUUUGCGUAUCGCAACCAAUACAGCGGAAGACAGCUCGACCACAUCGCCUGCCACUAUAACAACGCUGAAGCUACCGAGGUUGAGUCCAGGUACAGCAGAAAGAGUCUUUCCUAUUAGUUCAGUUGUCUCCCUUGAUUCGACCCCUUCAUCCGCCUUCCAGACUCCUCCAUUUGAGACAUACGAGAAUCGAGAUUCACCUUCCACAGAAAGGCAGCCAAAUAUUUUGAAUGAACAAUCAUCAGCUCAGCCGGUUGUGCAUGCCUCGGAAGACACCAAGAGUGCAUCAGCGGUACAAGCGGCCCAGGGGUCGCCUGAAGACUCUAAAAAAGCAGCAAAAAGCAAGAAUGAGCGGUCUAUGCCAGGGCCUUCGGCAACGGAAAAGAAUACGCAUGUUUCCUUAAAGUAUGAGACAAAAGAAAGCCAGUCUGCUUCCAAAAAGCCCCAACAAUCUUUCCCAGAACCCGCCGAAUUGGGAAAAGAUCAGGUUGGGAAUGUUUCUUCGAGAUAUGAGGCUGCCAGUAGCCAGAGGCCCCAAGAACUCCAUUCAUUCGGCGCAUUAGUAGUGCUAAAGGAAUCUGACCAAGGACUCAUCGUUCAGAUUGCGAGCAGAAAUACCGAAGAGGUUCUCGGCUAUACACCGACGGAGCUCUUCGGUUUGAAAAGCUUCUGUGACAUUAUCCGGCCUGACUAUGAAGAAAGCUUUCUCAGUCGGGUGAGCCUUGUCAGGAAUGAUUGGUAUAAUGUCGAGCAGCAUGGUCCAGAUAUCUUCGAAUUCCGUCUUCAUAUACCGUGCGGAACAAUGAAGCGUCUUUGGUGUACAAUUCAUGCGUCUGGUACCAACACACGACACAUUGUUUGUGAGUUUGAAAUAAUGGAAGACUCUCAUUAUUGGCAGGGGUUGGCAAGGCGAAAAUCGAAACCUGGGGACGCUCACAAGGGCAGUAAGGGAAAAAAGCUCGAAGAGAAAGAUAUCACACCAGGAUUGCCUCUUGAAUUACAACAAAUUUUAAAGAGGAUCAGAGGGGACUUCCAUUCCGUGGACAUGUUGAGCGCCUUGUCCCUUGUUACUCGACUGGCUGCAAGUGCCUCGUCCCUGAGCUCGCUUUUUAACUACAUUAUUGGCAUCAUUAGGGAGUUGACUGCUUUUAGUCGAGUGACGAUUUACCGUUUCGACCACAACUGGAAUGCUGUUCCUGUGGCCGACGCUGUAGAUCAAUGCGUCAUUUCCAGUGGCCCUGGAGAUCUGCUCUUCACCAAGCCAAUCUCUCCUGGGGACUUGGCUAAGCUCCAUUUAGCGAACAAAGUGAGCCUGGAGUUUAGCCAUAGAGAGCCUGGAUCAGAGUUAGUGUACCGGGAUUCCGAAGGUUCCUCAGUAGAUGUUGAUCUUGGUCACUGUUACUUGAUAUCAAAAUCGCCAGAUCUUGUGGAUCAUGUCACCGGGAUGCCAGUCUGUGCUCGCAUGUCUAUCAACAUAAGUUUCUUCGGGCGAGCAUGGGGUCUUAUAUCGUGUCAAUCAUAUGAGAAAGGAAUGGGAUUAGCUCCACCCAUACAAAAGCUUUGUUGGCUCAUAAGCGACAUUCUCUCAGCCAACAUUGAACGUCUCUCAAAUACACUGCCUUUCCAGAUGCAGGAACUCCUCAGUUGUCCCAUUGAAGUGAAAAGCGAAGGAGAUAGCACUCAAGCAAAAGAUAUACUGAGUCUUUUUAAUGCAAACUACGCGGCAUCCUUGAUAUUGGGCGAGACGAAAAUCCUUGGAAAGCCGCUUGAUUCGCAGGAAGUGCUCGCCUUUGUGGAAUAUAUCAAAUUGAGCCAACAUAAUACAAUACUAUGCUCAACCGAUGUUGGCAAAGACUUCCCAGACCUCAGAUAUGCUCCUGGCUUCAAGUACAUAUCCAGCCUGCUUCAUGUGCCUUUGUCAGUGGAUGGGCAAGAUUUCAUAACUUUUUUCAGAACUUCACACUCGCGAGCAAAUAUCCGUGCCGGAGACGAUUGCAACGCUCGAUACUUGGACCAAGAACCGGGCAAAAAGGAUAAGUUUGACAAAAGAGCUAUAAAUUGCACAUCGGACGGUUGGAAUGCAAUCGACUUGCAGAAAGGUUCCGUCUUGUCUUUGAUAUACAGAGCGUUCACUGAAGUCUGGCAGCAAAAGGAAGCAGCAAUGCAAAGUACGCAACUCAUGAGACUGCUACUGGCUAAUUGCGCUCAUGAGUUUCGAACACCGCUGAAUGCAAUUAUCAACUAUCUCGAGAUUGCUCUAGAUGGAUCAUUAAGUCAAGAGACACGAGAGAGCCUAUCUCGAUCACAUUCAGCUUCCAAGUCCCUCAUCUUCAUCAUCAAUGAUCUCCUGGACCUAACAAAUGCAGAGAACGGGAGAAGCCUGAUCAAGGACGAGAUAUUUGACCUCUUGCAAACUAUUCAUGAAGCGUCGGACAUCUUCGUGGAAGAAGCAAAGCAGAAAAGUGUUGAGCUUCACGUUGUACAACACUCGAAUCUUCCUCGGGUACUUGGUGACCAACGUCGAGUAAGGCAAGUGAUUACGAACCUUAUUAGCAAUGCUGUUCAACAUACGUCUUCUUCAGAUACCGUAACUGUGGAGUCAUGCAUCUUGCCUGACUAUUCCGAAGUUGGAAAACUCGGUGUGGAAGUAGCAAUUCAUGACACAGGAUCUGGUAUGUCUGAAGAAGCCAUUGAAGCUCUCUUCUGCGAGCUGGAGCAAGUGUCAAAUGCCGACUACCUACAGAGGUCACAGCACUGCAGUUCUGUUAUGGCCGGUCCUGGAUCCGAGUCUAAAAAUGUUCUGGGGCUGGGUCUGGCCUUGGUCGCUCGCAUAGUUCGCAAUAUGAAUGGGCAGUUGAGUGCAAAGUCUGAACGGGGGCGAGGAAGCUGCUUCAGAAUCCGGAUGCAGUUUCCGUUGCCAACUGAUAGUGUUGGUGAUCAGAUUCCGGUGGAAAUCAACCAACGUGGCGACGAGAAGAAAGCUGAAACAAAGAAACUCGGCAAGAAUCAGAAGUCAGAAAAGGCCAGAGGCUCCAACAGGGGUAAUUGCGGCACUUCAAGCCUUGCGAAAGACCCAGUCAUACCUCAAACAGGUUCCAUCUCGAAGCGAAAUGAAUCGGGUGGCGAGGGGCAACACAUAUCGGAAUCAAAAUCGGAUACCAUUCCCCCAAGCGUGAAGACACAGCAGGAGGGCCAGGCAGCACAUGGAUCCCAUGGGCUCUCUGCCAAAUCGCGCAGAAGGAAACGAACACGCAAAGGCCGCAAAGGCGCAUCUGAGGGCCAUCCAGAGAAAGUUAUAGAAUCAAAAACACCCGAACAACAAGAAGAUCGGGCUUCUCCGGGGGGGUUGGGGAAAGAACAGUCACAGGCUCAUGCUUCUGGGUCGUCUUCAAAACACACUCUUCAUAUCCUGGUAGCUGAAGACGAUCCUACGAACGGCGCAAUUGUACGCAAAAGACUGGAGAAGGCUGGGCACACUGUACUCAUGACGGGCAACGGGAAGGAAUGUGCUUCUGCUUUCCGCGACAACGCAGGUGGCUAUGAUGUGGUUCUCAUGGACUUGCAGAUGCCGAUCGUCGAUGGCAUGGGCUCAACUAAGAUGAUACGAGAGUGCGAACACUCGGCCAUGGCUUCCUCCUCAAAUGCACCAACAUGUUCCUCUCAGCGUAUCCCGAUAUUUGCUGUCUCUGCAUCGUUGAAGGAAACGGAGCGGCAAACAUACAUAGACUCUGGGUUUGAUGGUUGGAUAAUGAAACCGAUUGAUUUCCGCCGAGUGAAUGAUCUUCUGGCUGGAGUGCACCAGGAAGAAGCUCGUAAUGACAACAUCUACAAAGUCGGGAUGUGGGAGAAGGGAGGAUGGUUCGAUAAGAGAUCGGCCUAG